GUCGCAAACUGUUCACUCAGCUGUUCUCCGUCAGUCCAGUGUUGAGUUGGUGAAUGAAGAGAGCCUUCCCAGAAUCAGGAUGUUGUUUUCAGUCACUCUAUGCCAAACUGGAGCCGGGCGAGUUGUGACCAUGACUCGGGGAAGAUUUAUGAGGGACAGCAGAUGGUUGUUUGCCAGUGUGCGUGAAUGUCUCACUGUCCCAAAGACCAGAAACAUGGGACUUUCCUCCUCCUCCAGAUGUUUUGGGGCCUCAACUGCUCAUUGCAACUUUUCUUCGUCUUCAUCAUCACAUCAACAAACGCCAUCUUACAGUUAUAUCAUUGUGGGUGCCGGGUCAGCAGGAUGUGUCCUUGCCAACCGCCUCACAGAGGAUGCCCAUGAGUCUGUGCUGCUGCUGGAGGCUGGACCUAAGGACAAGUGGUUCGGCAGCGCACGGUUGUCAUGGAAGAUGCACAUGCCAGCUGCGCUGACCUAUAACCUCUGUGACGACAAGUAUAACUGGUACUACCACACUUUACCUCAGGCCCACAUGGACAACCGAGUGUUGUACUGGCCGAGGGGCCGUGUCUGGGGCGGGUCCUCUUCACUCAAUGCCAUGGUGUACAUCCGAGGACACGCUGAAGACUACAAUCGCUGGCAGAGUGAAGGGGCAGAGGGCUGGGAUUAUGACCACUGCCUGCCUUACUUCAGGAAAGCUCAGUGCCAUGAGCUUGGCGAAAACAGGUAUCGGGGCGGCAGUGGACCUCUUCAUGUGUCCAGAGGGAAGACCAACCACCCACUUCACAAGGCCUUUAUUGAGGCGGGGCAGCAGGCAGGAUACCCCUUCACGGAUGACAUGAAUGGUUACCAACAGGAAGGUUUGGGCUGGAUGGACAUGACCGUUUAUAAAGGAAAGAGGUGGAGCACAGCUAGUGCUUACCUGAGACCUGUACUGAGUCGACCUAACCUGAAGACGGAGGUGCGCUGCCUGACCACCAGGAUCCUGUUCGAUGGGAAUCGUGCUGUGGGAGUAGAAUACAUACACAAGGGACAGAAGAAAACGGUGUUUGCAGAUAAAGAGGUGAUAUUGAGUGGAGGAGCAAUCAACUCCCCGCAGCUUCUCAUGCUGUCAGGAGUUGGAAAUGCUGACGACCUGAAACAACUCAGCAUUCCUGUGGUUCAGCACCUACCAGGUGUUGGUAGUAAUCUGCAGGAUCAUUUGGAGCUGUAUGUCCAGCAGCACUGCACUCAGCCUAUCACCCUGUACAAGGCCCAGAAACCUUUCCACAUGGUCAAGAUAGGCCUCGAGUGGCUCACCAUGUUCACUGGUUAUGGAGCAACCGCCCACUUGGAGAGUGGAGGGUUCAUCCGCAGCCGGCCACACGUCACACACCCCGACAUCCAGUUUCACUUUCUGCCCUCGCAGGUCAUCGACCACGGAAGAGUUGCCUCUAAGAUAGAGGCUUAUCAGGUUCAUGUUGGACCAAUGAGAAGCACCAGUAUCGGCUGGUUAAAGCUGAAGAGCACGAACCCUCUGGAUCAUCCGGAGAUCCAACCAAACUAUCUCUCCACUGAUGUUGAUGUGUGGGAAUUCAGAGAGUGCAUUAAACUCUCUCGAGAGAUCUUUGCUCAGAAGGCCUUCGAAUCGUUCCGUGGUCCUGAAGCUCAGCCUGGCCCUCAGGUGCAAUCGGAUGCCGACAUUGACGCUUUUGUCCGCAGAAAGGCUGACAGCGCCUACCACCCGUCCUGCACCUGUAAGAUGGGCUCUCCCUCAGACCCGAUGGCUGUGAUCGACUCAAACACACAGGUUUUGGGUCUGGAGCGCCUGCGUGUGGUCGAUGCCUCCAUCAUGCCCAGCAUCGUCAGUGGUAACCUGAAUGCCCCGACCAUCAUGAUGGCAGAGAAGGCUGCUGACAUCAUCAGAGGUCGCCCUGCUCUCGUCGACCGAGGGGUUCCUGUGUACCAACCAGCGACACUCGACACACAGAGAUGAAAACAGCUGGUAAGGUGUCAACAGCACAGUCAUCAGUGUAUUGAUUGAUAUUGUGAAAUAAUCAUGUGAGCUUGUUGUCUUAACGGUGCCAUAAUUAUGUUGACUACAGUUGAUAUUAAGCCGUUUCCAUCUGAAAUUCUUGAAUGCAUGAUGAAACAGUGGCCAAAUGUUGUCGUUAAAUAUAAAUUGUAGUACAAAAACUUUUGGUGUUUUAGGUAAAUUUUACAAAUACUGACAUUAAUAAUCAGCUUGGUGCUGAUGUUUCUUCAUGGCACAGUGUGUUGUGAGAAGCUGCUGAGCAUUAGCACUUGUAACUUCUUAAAUAGGAACAAUGUACAGAUUCAGAGACGUUGUUGUUGUUUGGACGCUUGCUUCACAUCAUGUGUCUUGCACCAGCUACAGUGAUUUUUAAGCAAAUUUGUGACAAAUAAAAAUACCUCUAACAUU